UGUGUGUGUAGCCGCCUUCAGCUCGCGCGAGUGUGUGUGUGUGUGUAGCCGCCUUCAGCUCGCGCGAGUGUGUGUGUGUGUAGCCGCCUUCAGCUCGCGCGCGUGUGUGGUUUACAAAGUGCAGGAUGAAUCCAGAAGAAAAGAGCACGUGCGCUAUAAGUAACAGCCCUGACAGCUCAGGAGGCUCUGAGACCAUGAAGAGACAGAACUACCUGGAGUGGUCUGAGUAUUUCAUGGCUGUCGCAUUUCUGUCUGCUCAGAGGAGCAAAGAUCCCAGCUCACAGGUGGGAGCGUGUAUUGUAAAUCAGGAGAAUAAGAUUGUGGGCAUCGGCUAUAACGGGAUGCCGAAUGGCUGUGAUGACGAUCUCAUGCCCUGGGCUCGCUCUGCUGAUGACAGACUGGACACUAAAUACCCCUAUGUGUGCCAUGCUGAAAUGAAUGCCAUCAUGAAUAAAAACUCUGCAGAUGUAAAAGGUUGCACCAUUUACGUUGCUCUGUUUCCUUGUAACGAGUGUGCUAAACUCAUCAUACAAUCAGGUAUAAAAGACGUGGUUUAUUUGUCAGAUAAAUACCACUGCACCCCAGAGAUGGAAGCUUCCAGAAGGCUGCUGGAUAUGGCGCGUAUCCCAUACAGACAGUUUCAUCCGAAGCGGAAGACGAUCGUUAUCGAUUUUGACUCCAUCGGUCCCUCUGUACAGCCUGAGUGUAACGGAGGCUGCACCCCGGCUCUAAACGACAAGCACUGAAACACCUAACAACAGAUACUGAAACACGGGUCUUCUAUAAGAUUACAUGUUUUAGAGACUUUAAAUUGUUCAAAUACUGAAAAUCACUGAUGUGUAAGUUACUGAGAUGUCCUGACAGGUGAGUACUGAAAUUCUAAUAUUCAGUGUUUCAGCGGACAUCACAGAAAACCUCCGUAUACGACUUUAUUAGUAUUAUUAUUUUAUUAAUAUACCAAAAAUGUGAAACACGACAAUGUCAGUGGACUAGUAAAGAAAACACACCUGAAUAAUCAAGUGUAAGUGUAAUAAUGAAUGUUCCUCAGGUGCUGAGACACAAAAAGAGACUUAAAUCAAGUGGCACUGAAAUAGAAGUUACUGAAACAUCAUUAUUAAAGUGCUGAUGUCUUUCAGACAAAUCAAUCCUCACUACACUAAUAAUUUAUACAGAUACUUUAAUAAAAAAUAGUCAUAUCUGGGAGUUAAUCGCACCUGUUACAUUUCAGUAUUUCGGUAUUUAAAGUGAUUUAAACUGAAACGUCACCAAAGUUUGAGCUGCUCGGUGAAAUGGAAGCUUUCAAAAAUACAGAAACGCAACCACAAUCAGGUUUUCCCCUGCUUUCUCUUCUGUGAAGGAGUCAGCUAUCAGCUCUGCGAUCAACACGUAAAAUACCCUCUGACUCGCGUAUAUAGUUUAAAACGAGUUAAAACUCUUUAAUAUAUUAGUUAACCUUUCUUUCCAAUUGGUGUGAUGUGAGCAAAUAUUCUUCUUCUUAUUACUAUUCAACAUCUUCCUCUCUCGUAAUGUUUGUCAUUUAUAAUUGUUCUUUUUAAUACGACUGCAUAUUAAAUAUAUUAUGAGGUGUGUUGGGUUUAGAGAUGUGAAGCUGUAAAGCAACACGAUGCUGUAGCUAAACUCUGAUUGUUCUGGAUUAAAUAUAUUAAGAGAA